AUGCAUGCUGUGGACCAGCCAGAAGUGAAUAACAACUGUGAAUAUCAAAAGAGAGAUGAUGUUUCUCAUUCUGUUGGUGCACACAAUAGCUUUAGUUCAAGUUUCAGCUUCAUACAGCUCUCCCUGGACUUGGCCUCUGGAGUAGGCAGUGCUGAAAGCAAGUCGGUUGUCAAGGAAGAUGAGUAUGUUCUGCAUCCCAGCACUGCAGUAAAUCUACAGAAGCCAGAAGAGAUGGUGCAAACUCAUGAGCACUUAGGAGCUUUGCAUUGCUUCUCCAGGCCCAGUGCAGAUUUGGAGUACAAAAAUGAGACUGCAGCAAAUUCUGAACUACGGGACUAUGAGACUGUCUCUUUCUCAGAUACAGAUGCAACGUUUUCAUGUUCUACAGAUUCAUCGGAUGCAGCAUCUGCUGGCUCUUCUGUCACCUCAGGCUAUGAAAGUAGCUUUACUGUUAGUGACCACAACUGGGAUACUUUGAUGAAAAAGUAUGAACCAGUGCUACAGGAUUGCCUGCUUGGCAACCGCAGCGUAUUAAAGGUAAAAUCCUUGAUCUUACAGCUUCAGAGGCUUCAGGAAAAAGCAAUAGAGGAAGAUGACUAUGAUAGAGCUGAUAAAUUUAGACGGAAACUGGAAGAAUUGGAGAAAGAGAAAGAUUCUUUAAAAUUUCAGCUUCCUUCAAGGCAUCCUUCAAUUAGCAGCUUUUUGGAUAGGUUUGUUGCCCAAGUUCAAGCAGCACUGCGUUGGACGGCUGAUAAUCGGAUUAGACAGGAAGAAGCCCAGCUUUGGCAUGGAAAUGAACAUAGACUUUUGAGAUCCACUUACCAGGAGAGGAUGCAGGUUUUGGCCACAAAACGAAAUCAACUUUUUCAAGAAAAGAAAUGUUUACAGAAAGAAAUUGAAGACCUUCGAGCAAGACUGGCUUUAUUAGAAGCAAAAGAUGAACAACUAAGAAAAGAAAUUGAAGAAGAAGAUAGGCUUAUUCACUCACAGGACUGUGAAUUGACUGCUUUACUUGGCUGCGUUUCUUUGAGAGAACUACAGGAAAUAAGCAAGGCUGUGGAUGACAUGUUAGCAUCCUCCUAUCAAAUUCAGUUCAGUCUGGAACUGCCAGGGACAAUAAAGAGCCUUCAAGAAAAAGAUCAGUCAUUCAACACAUCCAUUAAAGAAACUACUGUGAAGGUUUGUACGAGUCAGAAACUCUGCAGUACUUUGAGGAGGAAAGUGAGUGAUAUUGAGACUCAGCUGCCAGCUCUACUUGAAGCCAAAAUGCUGGCUGUUUCAGGUAAUAAUUUUGGUGCUGCGAAGGAUUUGACAGAAGAAAUAAGAUCAUUAACAUCUGAGAAGGUUGGACUGGAAGGGCUUCUCAGUGAACUGUUGGUUCUGAGUGCCAGAAAUGUCCGAAAAUUGGAAAGAAUAAAAGAUGAUUACACCAGACUGAAACAAGAACUUGAAGAAGGAGAGGCUGCUUUUGUGACCAGUGUAAAAGAAAAUGCUGAAAAGUACAUGGAGAUGCUGGAGGAUAAACUACAUAGCUGCAGGAGCCAGCUGCUCCAAAGAGUGUGGGAAGCUGACUUGGAGGCCUGUCAGCUGUUGAUCCGAGGGUUUCAACUGAAAGAAAGCAGUUGCUGUGUUUUUGAGGAAGAGGAGAACCAAAUGGAUGUGAUGGAGAUGACUGCUGAUGGCCCAUCUGAUUCUCAGAAAAGAAAAGAAGGUCGCUUUCCAAAGGGCACAGAGUGGGGCACUGCUUCCUGCCCCAAACACAGUGAACUGAAAGAGGAGUUCUUCAUAUUUUCUGCAAAGUUGGGAGAAAAAUGUGAAGCAAUAAGUGAGAAACUGGUGAAUCUGGAAGAUCAACUACAAACUUCCAUCUGCAGAGUUGAUGAAGGACUUGCACAGUCUCUGCAGAGGGAGAUCCAGGUGGUGAAGGAGACACUCCAGACCGUGCUGGUGCAACUUCAGCCAGCUAGGGAGACAGGAGAAGAAAAAGCUGGAACUUCCUCUGUGACAGCUGGUGUCCAGGAAAACAGGACUUGGACGAAUAAUGAGCAGGAAGAGCUGGUAGGAUGACAUUAAUUCACAAAGGGUUGCUUUUAGUAACUGAAUACUGUUUUACCAAGCCUCAGGGAUCUCUUCUCUCCCUGCAUAACUAAUAACUAAAUCAAUUAUGGAGAAACAGAGCCCGGAGGUCUAUAAUCAGAAGUAUUCUACACA